AUGACAGGCAAAGUGGGUUCCGCGGCUCACCUAGAAAUCAAUGAUCCAAAAAUCAUUUCACAAGAACCAGAGAGUCCUUCAGAUAGUGGACAGGGCAGCUGUGAAACAACUGGACCCUUGAGUGAAGGAGAUUCAGACGAAGAAAUAUUUGUGAAUAAGAAAUUGAAAAGCAGGAGGGCACUACAUCACAGUGAAUCUGAAACAGAAGACACAAGUGCCUCUCCAGAGAAAAAUACGUGUAACAGUGCUGAGGAGGAAAAUAAAGAGAAUGUAUAUGUUGGAAAGAAUACAAAAAUCAAAAGGAUUUAUAAAACUCUGACAGACAGUGAUGAAAGUGACCUGGAGAAGUGUUUGUAUCAGGAAAAUCUUGAAACCCAAGUGACACCUUGCUCCGAGUUGAGUCUCCAAUCUGGAAACUCUCAGGAUUUUAACACUCACAGAAAGAGUUCCAAAAAACUCAUAAAUGAGAAAGAAGGAACUGGAGGAAAAGCAAAAGUAAAAUCAAAGAGAAGACUUGAAAAAGAGGAGAAAAAAAUGGAAAAAAUUAGGCAGCUAAAAAAGAAGGAAACCAAAAAUGAGGAAGAUGAUGUGGAACAGCCAUUUAAUGAUAGUGGCUGUCUUAUGGAUAAAGACCUUUUUGAAACUGGUUUGGAGGAAGAAAAUAACUCUCCUUUGGAAGAUGAAGAAUCUUUAGACUCAAUAAGAGCAGCUGUGAAAAACAAAGUAAAAAAGCACAAGAAAAAGGAAUUAUUUUCAGAGAAUGGGGUCUAUUCAUUUGAAGAAGAAAAUGACUUAUCAAAAGACACCAUGAGGAAAGAAAGAAAGGCAGCCAAGUUAAGUAAGGAAGCGUUAAAAAAACUGCAUAGUGAGACUCAGCGCCUUAUUCGAGAGUCUGCACUUAAUCUUCCAUAUCAUAUGCCUGAGAAUAAAACCAUUCAUGAUUUCUUCAAACGUAAACCCCGGCCUACUUGUCAGGGAAAUGCCAUGGCACUACUGAAGUCAUCUAAGUAUCAGUCAAGCUUUCACAAAGAAAUCACGGACACCACAAAUACAACUGAAAUGAAUAGUAACCACCGUACCAAAGGUUCUGAGCAGACAACAGGUACAGAAAAUGAAGUGGAAAUUAAUGCAUUAUAUGUGGCUUCAAAGGAACCUCAGGUCAUUACUGGAUCAGAUGAGUCUUGCAGAAAUGAUUUGGUGAGAAAUGAAGAGUUAGAAAUUCCAGAGACACAAAAGCAGAGUGACACUAAACCUUCAGCUGAGGCCAGCUCAGUGUUGCAACAGGAAUACAGCUUCCUCAGGGACAAGCACAGUGAGGAGUAUCAGGCUGGAGAGCUUGUAGCAUCUGAACCUCAUGCCCUGGAGAAUGAAGAAGGCCUGAAAAACACAGACAAAACUGAUAAGAAAGUGGAAGAUCCCAGGCAGCAAACAAAAUCAUCAGCAGCUGUACCACCUGAAAAAGUGAGAAGGUUUAGUUUGGAUAGACUUAAGCAACUGGGAGUGGAUGUUUCCAUUAAACCUCGGCUGGGUGCUGAUGAAGAUUCCUUUGUGAUACUUGAUAAACCUGAAACCAACAGAGAACUAGAAGCCUUGAAGCAGCGUUUCUGGAAGCAUGCUAAUCCAGCAGCCAAACCUAAGGCUGGUCACAUGGUAAAUGUGAAUGUCAUAGUGAAAGAUGUGGGUGCUGAUGGAAAGGAAGAGCUAAAGGCAGAUGUGGUACCUGUGAUUUUGACGGCUGAGAAGCUGGAUGGAGCAAGCCACACAAAACCAGGUGAAAAGCUUCAAGUGUUAAAAGCUAAACUGCAAGAGGCAAUGAAACUCCGAAGGUUUGAGGAACGCCAAAAGCGCCAAGCUUUAUUUAAAUUAGAUAAUGAAGAUGGGUUUGAGGAGGAAGAAGAGGAGGAGGAAGAAAUGACUGAUGAAUCUGAAGAAGAUGGAGAAGAAGAGGUAGAGAAAGAAGAGGAAGCUGAGCUAGAGGAAGAGGAGGAGAAAGAAGUGGAAGAAAACAAUCAGGAGAUUACAGAAUUCCUUCUGAGUGGUGAAGAAAUAGAAACCAAAGAUGAAAAAGAAAUGGAUAAAGAAAAUAACGAUGGCAGUAGUGAUAUUGGCAAAUCAGUUGGCUUUCUCUCUGUUCCCAAGCCUCUCUCAUCAGAUUCUACCUUACUUCUAUUUAAGGACAACUCUUCUAAGAUGAGUUACUUUCCUACUGAAGAAAAAUCAGAAACAGAUGAAAGCACAGACAAACAGCCUAGCAAACUGGAUGAAGAUGAUUCAUGUUCAUUGCUAACAAAGGAGAGCAGCCACAAUAGCAGCUUUGAGCUGAUUGGCUCCACGAUUCCAUCCUAUCAGCCUUGCAACAGACAAACAGGCCGUGGAUCCAGUUUUUUCCCUACAGCAGGAGGAUUCAGAUCUCCUUCCCCUGGGCUAUUUCGAGCCAGUUUGGUCAGCUCAGCUUCUAAGAGUUCAGGAAAACUGUCUGAGCCUUCACUUCCCAUAGAGGAUUCCCAGGAUCUAUAUAACGCCUCCCCAGAGCCUAAGACACUUUUCCUAGGAGCAGGAGACUUCCAGUUCUGUUUAGAAGAUGACACUCAGAGCCAACUGUUGGAUGCAGAUGGAUUCUUAAAUGUUAGAAACCACAGGGAUCAGUACCAAGCUUUGAAGCCCCGAUUGCCAUGGGCGAGUAUGGAUGAGAAUGCAAUGGAUGCCAACAUGGAUGAGUUGUUAGAUUUGUGUACUGGAAAGUUUACAUCUCAGGCUGAAAAACGUCUACCCAGGAAGAGUGACAAGAAAGAGAACAUGGAGGAAUUUCUGAAGCUUUGUUCAGGAAAAUUCACUUCUCCGGAUGCCUCUACUCUGGCCCCCUCAGAGUUAAAUAAGCCUGAAAAGGAGAGCAGCAUGGAUGAUCCAAUGGAAGAGGCACUUGCUCUUUGCUCAGGCUCUUUCCCAACAGACAGGGAAGAAGACGGUGAAGAGAACGAAUUUGGAGACUUUCGGCUUGUUCCAAAUGAUAAUGAGUUUGAUAGUGAUGAGGAUGAACACAGUGACUCUGGUAAUGAAGAUUUGGCACUGGAAGAUCAUGAAGAAGAUGAUGCAGAACUCCUGAAGCAAACUGAGAAGUUGAAAAGGCAAAUGAGAUUAAAGAAAUACCUGGAGGAUGAGGCAGAAGUGUCAGGAAGUGAUGUGGGGAGUGAAGAUGAGUAUGAUGGGGAAGAUAUUGAUGAAUAUGAAGAGGACAUGAUUGAUGAAGUACUUCCUUCUGAUGAGGAACUACAGAGUCAAAUCAAGAAAAUACACAUGAAAACCAUGUUGGAUGAUGACAAGCGACAGCUACGUUUGUACCAAGAGAGGUACCUUGCUGAUGGAGAUCUGCACAGUGAUGGCCCUGGGCGAAUGAGAAAAUUCCGAUGGAAAAACAUAGAUGAUGCUUCCCAGAUGGACUUGUUCCACAGAGACUCUGAUGAUGAUCAGAUUGAAGAACAGCUUGAUGAGACAGAAGCCAGAUGGAGGAAGGAGCGAAUUGAACGAGAGCAGUGGCUUCGGGACCAGGCACAGCAGGGGAACAUUACAACUGAAGAAGAAGAAAUUGGGGAAGACAGUCAGUUUAUGAUGCUAGCCAAGAAAGUUACAGCCAAAGCUCUGCAGAAGAAUGUCAGUCACUCGAUGGUUGUUCAGGAAUCGAAGUCUUUACUCAGAAAUCCUUUUGAAUCCAUCAGACCGGGAAGUGCUCAUCAGCUGAAGACAGGCUCACUACUAAACCAACCCAAAGCUGUGCUUCAGAAACUGGCUGCUCUCUCUGACCUCAACCCCAGUGCUCCCCGAAAUUCAAGAAACUUUGUCUUUCAUACACUGUCUCCUGUCAAGGCUGUGGCGGCAAAGGAAUCAUCUAAGCCACAGGUGAGGAGAAGAGGUCCAUCUUUAAUGACAUCCCCUUCACCUAAGCGCCUCAAAACAGAUGAUAGCACUUCAGGAUUGAAGCAAAGCAUCUUCAAAUACUUGGAAAGCUAACACAAUCAAGAGUGCCAGCAUCUAUGUUGAGACUGCUUUGAGAAGUUUCUGACACAGAAAGUUGGAACUGGCGCU